CUGCAUCUCUGCUGCCAUCUAGCGGCAGGAAGCAGGUGCUUUUGCACCAAUCGUGAGGAGGAGGCAACGACAUAAAAAAGAAAGAAUAGAAAGGCAUUCCCAUUCCUUUGCACCUGACCGAUGAAAACAAGACUCUUCUUUUGUUUGUUUACCUGAUGUACAACAAUUGAUGGUCUUUGAUUGGCCCGUCGGGCCGACAGAGGGGGUGAGUCGCCUGUAGAGAAAAAUCCUCAAGACAGCAUCAACAGCUGGAGACGCCAGAGCUGAGUGGGGCUGUGGGAUCAGUGGACCGACGGAUUGGGGGUUUGCCGUAAUCCCGGAGGUUGCAGCUGCAUCAUCAUGCCCGUUCACAGGAGGCAGCCCAGCAUCGAAUUCCUGGAAUUCAUUGGAGUGGUAAAGGAGAACGGCAGUGAACAGAUCUCACUUCCUCCUGUGCUCACUCCUCUGUCAUAUGACUACGUCCUGGUGGCGAAAAAUGCUGAAAACCACGUGACAGAGGCCUUCAAGAAACAAAGGGAUUACAUCGAUGAGCUGAAGAAAAAGAACUUCAAAGUGACCAAAAUUAUCGAUGAUGAUCUCGCCUUCUAUGGGAUUCAGGCUCCUAAAGAAAUAUUUGAGAGGUACAGGUAUCUGCUCAAAGUGUCUGAUGCCUGCAACUGGAGCUCAGAUCAGAACUUUGUCCCUCUUAGCACCAGGAUAAGGAUUGUCCACUUCAUCUUAAACCACACAACAAUCCGCUCAGGACUAGGGUUACGAGAUCUCAUGAAGGCAAAGGUUUUUGAGGCCAGAUUCUGUUUACAUGAGAAAAGGAAACAGAAAGAGCUGAAGGAGAGCUGGGCUCGAUGGACAGCCUGUCUCCAAGGGCAACCCAUAACUGCUGUCAGGAAUUACUUCGGGGAGAAGGUUGCCCUGUACUUCCUGUGGUUGGGGUGGUACACCUACCUGCUCAUUCCCCCCGCUGCUGUAGGGAUCAUAGUGUUUCUCUUUAGCCUCAGCCAGUUCAACAGCUCACCCCUCAUAAAAGAGGUUUGUGAGUCUGACACAGUGAUGUGUCCACUUUGUGACCAGGGCUGCAAAGUGUGGCAGCUCUCAGAAACCUGCACGUUUGCAAAGCUGAGCCUGCUGUUUGACAAUAAUGGUACAGUGGUCUUUGCUUUGUUCAUGGCAAUAUGGACAACUUUGUUUUUGGAGUUCUGGAAGAGAAACCGUGCUUCUUAUGUUUGUGAGUGGAAAGUGUCUGACUGGUCUGAGGAAGAGGAGGAACUGAUCCUGGAAAUAGUUAACAACGUUGACUGCAAACCCAAAAAGUUUGAGCACUCCUACGUGCACAGCACCCUGGUUAUCAUCUGUGUCACAGUCAUGAUACUGUUGAUCAUUGGUCUGACACACGCCUUGGUGGUGUUCAGGGUGAUUGUAGCAGGGUUUUUAGCUUCGGAGCCGUCAGGGUUCUUGAGGCAGCACGCAAACAUCGGAGCAAUGGUGGCGGGGGCUGUCCUCCAUUAUAUCACCAUCACAGUCAUGACACGGGUCAACAAGAUUGUGGCCGUGAAGCUGUGCGACAUAGAGAAAACGAGGUCUUUUGCUGCCACAGAGAAGAGCUUCACAGUCAAGAUGUUCACCUUCCAGUUCUUCACCUACUUCUCCUCCCUCUUCUAUGUGGCUUUUUUUCUUGGCAGAAUAAAUGGCCACCCAGGUGAAUAUGUUCGAUUAGCAGGAAAAUGGAGGCUUGAGGAAUGUCAUCCCAGCGGCUGUCUCACCGAUCUGUUCAUUCAAAUGACUUUUAUCAUGGUGCUAAAGCAAAUCAUAAACAAUGUGUUUGAGUUCAGUGGUCCCUGGUUCAGAAGAUUCAUGAAACAAAAACGAUCCAAGAAGCUGCAGAGGAAAUGUGCCCACUGCUACUUGAAAGAUGAAACCGAAUCCAAUGAUGGAGCUGAGCUGUGUGAGAACUGCAAGCUCAAAGACUGGCACAAAAACUACGAACUAACUGAUGUGAAUUCAUUCAGCCUGUUCAAUGAGUUUUUGGAGAUGGUGAUCCAGUUUAGCUUCACCACUAUAUUCGUGGCAGCAUUUCCUCUAGCUCCUCUGCUGGCUCUCUUCAAUAAUAUCAUUGAGAUACGUUUGGAUGCCAUUAAAAUGGUCACCCUGGAGCGCCGGAUGGUUCCCAAGAAAACCAAUGACAUCGGUGUGUGGAUAGACAUACUAGAAGCUAUUGGUGUCUUAGCUGUCAUCGCAAAUGGGCUGAUAAUUGGUGUUUCAUCUGAUUUCAUCCCCCGACUUCUGUAUCAAUACCACUACGGCCCCUGUGCCAAUGGAACAUCAUCUGACUGCUUGACAGGCUACAUCAACAACACCCUAUCCAUUGCAUCACUGAGUGAUGACACAGUAAAGUUUUCACCCGAACAGAUGAUCACUUCUGCUGGUGUAACUGUCACUUCAUGCAGCUACAAAGACUACAGGGACAGUGACUACAAAUUCACCCAACAGUUCUGGCUGAUUUUAGCUGCACGCUUUGCAUUUGUUAUCCUCUUUGAGCAUGUUGUCGUCAUAUGCAAAUUUGUUGCAGCCUGGUUUAUACCAUCUGCUCCCAUGCAAGUGAAGAACGACAAACUCUUUGAUAAACUCCAUAGACUAAAAGAAGAACUUAAAUCUUUUGAACCAUAACAGCUUUCAGACCCAUUAGUUGGGCAUAAAUUUUAGGUGUCAUUGGCGCCAAAGCACUGGGUUGGUUGGAAGACCAUGCAUCGCCCCCUGAGAUCGGCUGGCUGUCACAUAUUAGAAGUUUGCUGCAUGAUUUACUUCCAUGACAGGAACUUUGACGGAAGAUUUAUUUUCCUGGGCAAAAUGUGCAAUGUAUUGGAAAUUACUGACCAUCUAUUUUAAUAAAAAUUCUUAUUUGAUGCUGAGUGUGCACUGAUAGCUUAGUGUUGGAUCUGUAAUUGUGAGCCAUUUCUGAAUGUUUUACUGAAAGCCUGUUUUAACCUGCUACUGCAGACUGCUGACUGUGUUAUACAGAAAAUGCUGUGAUGCUUGUUACUUCAUUUUAAUGAGACGGAAUCGGAUGCUGCAUUUUGUAAACAAGACAGUUUUGCAUCAUUAUUUUAUAUUAUUGAGUAAAAGAGGAACCUUUUGUCCUUUUGAGCUCCUUUUAAAUUGAAUGUGUUUAUUUUGUAGCAUUGUCAGUUUGGUAAAAAUGUACAAAAUGUAUAAAUAUUGAUUGGUUGGCAUUAUUUAUUUGUGUAUUUAUCCUUCCCAUUAGGUAGUGUUCAUCAUUAGCUGUUACAGAGUAUUAGUUCUAUUGCAUCUGUCAAUGACAAGAUAUGCUUUGGUGAUUUGGGCGUUUCGAUGAGAAGUUAAAAUAUGUCGAUACAUAAAAGUCACAUGCUUUUACAGUUUCUUGCAAAAAAAUUAAAAUUUUUAGGUACAAACUAGUAUUUUGCAAAACUUGUCAAUGAGGAAUAAAAUAGACUUUUUAAAAACUUC